CCAAUCUCGGGCCUUGACUCCUUGAGCACAGCACACCGAGUCCAAGCCCCGAAGCCUCCUGACCUUGGUUACUGGGUAGCUUCUGCUUGGUACUCCAUGCGAGGACGACAAUGGCGAUCGCCGCCGUCCCCGCCUCCCUCCCCUUCGUCCUCCUCCCUCCGAGGCUGUUCCGCGGGAGGGCGGUGAGGUGGCCGCGCCCGAUUAGGGCUUCGGCGUCGACCAACGCCGGUGACGUUGCAGGCGGAGAGCGGAAGUUUGGGGCUCUGGUGAGCAGGGUGGGAGAUCUGAGGGCGCUCGUAGCCUCCGUGCCUCCUGCUGUUGCUUCGAUGCAGAAAAACAUUGGCCCAAAUUUUGUUGCUGGUUUCUGUGUUAGCAUGGCAUUUGUGGCUGCUGCUGCAAGACAGAUCUCCUUAAGAAGUCGAGAGCAUGUUAGUAAAGGUUCUGUUGCUGAUCUUGUAAGGCGUGGCCAGUUAAAAUCAGGGCAACGAGGGAUUGCAAAGCUCCGUACAUACGAUGAUCCUUUCAAUAACCCGUUAGUAAAGAUUGAUGAGGGUACAUCUACUGCACAAAUGUUUGGCAAGGAGUACCGUUUGGCUCCUGUUAGGCUUACGAAAGAGCAGCAAGAAAUGCACCAGAACAGGAGAUCGCGUGCAUAUCAGUGGAAAAGGCCAACCGUGUUUCUCAGGGAAGGUGAUUCCUUACCUCCAGAUGUUGAUCCGGAUACAGUUAGAUGGAUUCCAGCAAACCAUCCCUUUUCUGCUGCUUCAAGUGAAGUGGAUGAGGAGACCGCCAAACAAAAUGUCUACCAAAAGGAUGGCAUCCCAUCCCGUGUCAAGGCUGAGCAUGAAGCUUUGCAGGCAAGGCUAGAGGCCUCAAACGAUGUUACCAGACUCCCUUCGGAUCCAAGGAGUAUUCAGCGUAAUGAGAGACCAAUGAGAUUGUCAGGCAAGCCAUCUGAACAUCUUCAGAGCUCCAAGUUUGAGAACCAAGAUAGACAACUGGCUACUGAGUCUGGUAAACAUAGCUCUGAAUCUCUGAUGGAUGUUUACAAUCAAACGAGCCGGAAGGGCAAUAAAAAUUGUGUACUUCAGCUCUUCGAAGACAUUUGCUUUGUUACGUAGUGUUAUCAGCUUUUAGGCUGUAGCUGUAGAUAGAGAAGUUUUGGAACAGUGAGCUUAUACGGCUUACCGGUUUACAUAGUGAGCAGUUAAUAUGCGAGUUGCUUGACGUGUUGGGACCGAAUGGAUAAUUAUUUUGACGAGCACAUGGGUAUUGUUGUAUUGGGGACCUUC